CUCGCCCGCAGGGAGGACCGCAAGAUGGGGUCGGGCGCCGCUCCCCUCCCUGGAACUGGGCCACUUCGGGCCCUCGCUCUCGGCUCGGUGUCCGGGUCCCGCCAGCCUCGAUUUUAGCUGGAGUCCGCCCGGAGCUUGAGCUGGGUAUCCCGCUCCGCCUGUCGCGGGAGCUGCUUUCAAUGGCUUGAACUUCUAUCAUCUCUGAUUGAGAACUCAAGGAGGGAGAGGUUGGAUUUGAAUUGAAAGUUGGAGAGUUCUGUUUGAAAUUGUGUUUAAUACUAAACCAGGAAAGUUGUGUCAAAUUGUAGUGUGUGGAGGACGUUCGGAGAGGUUAACCUCCCUCCGCUUCUGGUUUUUUUUUGAAAGAAAGAAAGAAAGAAAGAAAACGUUCAGCGCCUUAAUCUUGGUGAGAUUUCUGUCAAAAGCAGAAUAUUUAGUUUCAUCAGUGGUGCUCUGCUAUAAGGCAAUGUGAAGCAGAUUUGGUAAGAAAGGAUUAGAAUAACGGGGCCCCGCGGAAAGGGUGACCUUUAAAUUUUUUCUGAUAGUUUAUGAAAGGUAUUCCAUUCCUUGUGCAGUAUAUAGCGCUUGAUCCUUAGGAUUUACAUUUUUCAAACCUUCGGUGUAUAAAGAGAAUUUUGGACAUCUUGGGACAGUACCUGAAACUACUAAGUCUUGAGACGAAUAUUAGGACGAAUAUUAGGUGCGGUUUGUGAUUGACACUCAUUUGUUUACAUUAACGGGGAUUUUCAAUCACUUAUUUUAGAGAAUGUGUGUCCAUAUACUUGGCGCAUAGAUUCAGUUGGGUAAUAAAUCUACUCGUAGCCAAUGCAGUAUUUUGAAUAUCACCAUUAUUAUCGGUGCCAGUGCCUUACCAACGGAAAACGGAGAAGGCGCCGGUGUUGGAAGUUGAAAAUGGAUACAAUAUCUGCUAUGCCUUCGUUACUGUUUCAGAUCUGGGAGGAAAUAAGUAGCACCUUCACCGCAUUUUGACCUGUCUUCUCCUACUCUAGUAUUAAUAAGGUUAAUUGGCAAGGAUAGGAUUAGAUUUUCAGUAGGCUAGGAAGCUUUAAAUUUGUCCCUUGGUGUGCAGUACACUGGUUAAUACGUGGUUUGUUUUGAAUACCAUCGCUCAUUUUGCUUUGUGGAUAAAACGACCGCUGAAAAAGCAGGAUCUUGCCACCCCAACACAUAGACUUACCGUAAAGUACUAGGACAAGAUAAUGUUUUAGUAGCUUAAUAAACUCAGUAGUCCACUGAAUUGAUCUACAACUCCAGGUAUGCAGUCCUAGGCUGAAUCAGUGUCCACAUUAGUAAUACAGAACUAUUCAAAUGUGUCACCUGCUUAGGAGCACUUGUUGCUCUUGCAGAGGCCCUCUGUUCCCUUCGUAGGACCCACAUGGUGGUUCAUAACCAUUGCUAACUCCUGUUCCAGGGCAUCUGACACGCUCAUCUGAUCUCCAUGGACACCAGGCCUGGUGCAUAUAAUGUGCACGAAGACAAAGCAUUCAUACAUACAAAACAAAAUCUAAAUCUCUCAUUUAAAGUUGUUCCACCUGCUGAAUUUUUAGAGAAGAUGAAUAAUCUUUCAUUUAGUGAGCUAUGUUGCCUCUUCUGCUGUCCGCCUUGCCCAGGGAAAAUUGCUUCAAAAUUAGCAUUCUUGCCACCUGAUCCAACUUACACACUGAUGUGUGAUGAAAGUGGAAGCCGCUGGACCUUACACCUGUCAGAACGAGCAGACUGGCAGUACUCGUCCCGAGAAAAAGAUGCUAUUGAGUGUUUCAUGACAAGAACCAGUAAAGGCAACAGAAUUGCUUGUAUGUUUGUGCGUUGUUCACCAAAUGCUAAAUAUACCUUACUCUUCUCACAUGGAAAUGCUGUUGAUCUUGGUCAGAUGAGCAGUUUUUAUAUAGGCCUGGGGUCCCGAAUUAAUUGUAAUAUAUUCUCAUAUGAUUACUCCGGAUAUGGUGCUAGUUCUGGAAAGCCAACAGAGAAGAACCUGUAUGCAGAUGUUGAAGCUGCCUGGCUGGCUCUUCGGACAAGAUACGGCAUUCGUCCUGAAAAUGUGAUUAUAUAUGGCCAGAGCAUAGGGACAGUGCCAUCUGUGGAUCUGGCUGCUCGCUAUGAGAGUGCUGCAGUUAUUCUUCAUUCUCCUCUGACCUCAGGAAUGCGAGUUGCUUUUCCUGACACCAAGAAGACCUACUGUUUUGAUGCAUUCCCAAAUAUUGACAAAAUCUCUAAGAUAACCUCUCCAGUAUUAAUAAUUCAUGGGACUGAAGAUGAAGUCAUUGACUUUUCACAUGGCCUCGCAUUGUUUGAGCGUUGCCAAAGACCUGUGGAGCCUCUCUGGGUUGAAGGGGCAGGACACAAUGACGUGGAGCUUUAUGGACAAUACCUUGAGAGGUUAAAACAGUUUGUGUCACAGGAACUGGUAAAUUUGUAAACUACUCUGUAAAUUUGCAGACUGGGUUUUCUUUUCUUGCUGAACUGCACUUCUUGGUAAAUAACAUAAAACCUGAAGGUUUUGUUUACAAAUCAUGUAAGUUGCCUUCAUAACUGUACAGGUAAUGAUUUGUUAACAGACUUAAUGAAGGUUUUAAUUACCAUAACUUGAAACUGGAAAUAGCAGUAUCAUGCAGUCAGGCUGUGUAAUUUAUAUUUUUUCUGUGAAUUUUUUUUUAAACAUCAAGAUGAGUACUGUAUGAAAUUUUAAUUCUAUAAAAUCAAAUGCUGUAAAAGUAUUGUCAGAUGCUUUUGCAUAUCAAAAGCAAAUUUAUAAAUAUUUUUAAACAUCUCAAUGUACUAAAUAUCCUGGUAUACAAAUGUAAUAUUCUUUCAAAAAACUGUAUCUAAAGCAAUUCAAGUACUCAGAAUAAACUGUAAAAAAACAAAACGGUUUGAAAACAUCCAUAUUGAGUUGAUAUAUACUCUACUGUACAGGGAUAGAGGCUUAAAUGGUUAUUUUAUUGUAAAAAAAAAUACAUCAACUUUUCUGUAUUCUCCAAUUAUAAUACAUUUAUCCUUUAAAAAAAUGAAGUCUUAAUUUUUAUGCCAUCUGUUAACUUACCAGCUAUUCAUUGUGUAAAUGAGAAGUCCUGAUGGCGCUGGAUUUUAACUAGUUCUGAUUUAUGUUUGGUACUGUGAGAAAACUACUUAACAUUUUCAUUCAGUUAUUUAAAGGACAUUUAGGGCUUUAAGAAUGAUUUUGUAUGCCAUGUUGUUUUAAAUUUGACUAAUUAUUAGAACUGUAGUAGUCUUCCUUAUAUGAAUACUUGAAACUCCAUUAGUUGAUCUUCAAGACCACAGAGAGACUGGCUGUUUGGUUCCUUUCCAUCUCGGCUGUUUUUAAGAGUAGGGCCUGUUCUUUUGGAUUACUAUCUGAGAAUGUCAUGGGUUCCCUCCUGAAUGCAGGGGAUAAGAAAACAUGCCAUACGUUUUAUAUUAACCAGUAUAGUAAAAAAUAAAUAAAUAAAGCUCACACACAAAAACUAAGUUGCCUUUCCUUGAAUGAAUCCUGCCUGAAAAAUGAAAGAAAAAUAAAAAAUAAACUAAUGGUAUAUAGUCUUAAUUUGUAAUGAAUGAGAAUCGAAAUAAUACACACUGUGGAUAUGUUUUUAAGGCCUUAUGCAGUUUUAAUUGUUCUGCUUGUUCUGUGGUUAUGUCUAAGAUUAUAGUAUAUGAUCUUCAAAGUAUAUCAAAUAUUGUGAAUGCUUUGGUUCAGAUAUGUCAAAUUAACAGUAAAACAACAAAUGUA